UAACAACAAAAAACCAUAGCGUAUUAAUGUAUUACAUAUGAGUAGUAUUACUUAACACACACACACGGCCGUGUAACUUUUAACAUUUCAAGUUUCCGUAAGUGGUAACGUUAGUAUCGGGAGCUGUCUAUCCAGCAGUUGCCAUGGUGACAGUAAACCGGCCAAAAGUCAGGCAGUCUUCCGGUCAAACUCCCUAUUCUUGUCAGCAGGUGAGGGCAACAAACGCUAAAUCAGGAGGUCAACGUUUUGCUUGAAAUAGUAUGUAUAAUGUAUACCGUAAUCUAGUCGAGAAGACAGUGUCUGCUGCUGGCUACUUUGCCAAUACGUCAAUACAGUCGAGUAUUAAUGUUGCACCACGCCUCGGGUGUUAGCUUAUAAACCUGACAGGUGAAGCCUUCUCUGCACAGCAAUUUGACCUACUUUAUGGUCCAAUGCACUUGGUAAGAUAUUGACCUGCAUGAACACUAGCCAGAGAGACACCUGUAGUUAUUUACAGUGUUUUAUUCAUGUGGACGUAAUCGUACUCUCCCCUAGCAGUCCUUCUCUGACCAAACCAUGAAGUCAGAGCCAAAGAAAAGGUUUCACUGAAGAAUGAGAGCUGAUGUUAGUAUGGAGGCCACCAGGUCAAAACAGUCUGUCCAGCAGGGGCGAGACAAACACCAGGCUACCGCCACACCAAACGCAACAUACCCAGGCGGCGGUGAGAGAGAGAAUGCAACAAAGGAAACAUGGUGUCCACUUUCACAUGCAAAGGAUCAGACAAAUUUUACUGGAUCUCACUGAGAUGUAUUUUCAAUCAUAUUAAUCUUGAGUUACCUCUUCUUUGAUCUUGCUCUCCCUGCAGUUUAUGUACCAUGUCUACAUAUUGCAUAUGUGUGCUUGCAUUUUACCCAUCAGAUAAUCUGCAAAGAGCUUUUCAGACAAAUAAUCACAUAAACGAUUCAAUAGAUUUUGUGUGUGUGUCAGAUACACCUCCUAAGGGCAAAGCUUGCCGCAGCUUCGUCCGUUUAACCGUUCUCAAACAAGAGACAUUGAAGAAAGCAAAAGCCAUGGCAGAAAAUGCUGUGAAGAUGCAUAAGGUGUUCUCAGUCCAGGGCCCUUACUCUGUUGUCAGGACAGCACUCAGGGCCAGAGGCUGGGUGGAACAGCGCAUGCACUGCCCAACCCAAAACAAUCACCGCCAUCCCGGCAAUGAGAGCAGAGCCUGCAACACCGAUGCUGAUAACUCCGGCAGUCUCGUAAAAGAGCAAGAUCCAGAUGGACUGUAUGGUCUCAUGUCUCGCCUGGUGCGGAAUGAAAUGGUUUAUUUCUAUUGGACGAACCGUAGGGACACCAUCAACACCAACAGCUUGAAAAAAGAACAGAUUACCAACCAUUUUGCAAAAUCAGAAAGCUUCACCACCAAGGUGGGACUGUGUGUGAACCUGAGGAACCUGUACUGGUUUGAUUCCGCUGACCCAGACACCUUCUUCCCUCGCUGUUACAGACCAGGAGCGCAGGAUGAGAUGCCGGCUUUCAUUGCGGACUACAGGAGGACAGCCUGCAGCAGUUUUUUGAAGUACAUUGUGGAGAGAGAGCAGGGUGUUCAGAGAGUGGGAAACAGCCACAGCAUUCGAGAUGUGAAGAAACCAAGCAAACUGCCAUCUAGUCCAGUGAUUCUAUCGCAAAUGCUUGAUAGCGCACUUAAAGUAUGUCACGAGUUUCUGGAGAGUCUGGAGCAUCGUGACAUUGACAUACGCUCUGAGACACCACCGACACUUACAAAGGAGGAGUGGACAGAGUUCAUCAACGGUUACUACCUCGCUGUUCAUGAAGGAGUCGAGAUCGAGAACAGUGACCGUUUUGUGACCUGCUGCAAAGCCAUGCUACAGAGGCUGAGGGAGGUCAGUCCACAGCAAGACAUAGACGGCACAGACAACAUCUGGAUCAUCAAACCCGCAGCAAAGUCUAGGGGCAGAGGUAUCAAAUGUGCCCGGCGUCUGGAUCGUAUUCUCAGCCUGGUGGGCGGUGAUCCAACCCUAAAGACAAACAGCAAGUGGGUAGUGCAGAAGUACUUGGAGCGACCUUUGCUGGUGCACGGCACCAAAUUUGACAUUCGGCAGUGGUUCCUGGUCACCGCCUGGAACCCUCUGACUGUGUGGUUCUAUAAAAAGUGCUACGUGCGCUUUGCUACGCAGCCUUACUCACUGCAUACACUGGACAGCUCUGUCCACCUGUGCAAUAACUCCAUCCAGAAGCACCUGACACCCUCCCGAAAACGUCAUUGCAGUAUCCCAGUACACAACAUGUGGUCGGACGACCAGUUCCGGAGAUUCCUGUCCAGCCAGGGCCGGGAAGCUGAGUGGCAGACAGUGAUAGUCCCUGGGAUGAAGGAAGCUUUGAUCCACACAGUGCAGACAACACAGGAUCAGAUGGAGUCACGCAAGAACUCAUUUGAGCUCUACGGUGCUGACUUCAUGUUAGGUCAGGAUCUGCGUCCAUGGUUGAUAGAAAUCAAUUCCAGCCCCACGAUGGCCGCCUCCACCCCUGUGACAGCCCGGCUCUGCACUGCUGUGCAGGAAGACACGUUACGCAUCGUCCUGGACUGGACGGCAGACCACACUGCAAACACCGGAGACUUUGAGCUCAUACAUAAGCCGGCAGCAGUAGACGUGCCACAGUAUGUGGGGGUCAACCUGAAUGUCGAUGGCUACAAGAUCCCGGGCCCCUGCUCACUUCCUCCAAUGCGGUCUCCCAACCGUUCAACAGCAAAACGCCACGGCCCCGUCAAGAAGCAGCCCAAAGCAGAAAAAGUAACGCCUCUGCCUAAGUUGUUGUCAAAAAGUGCACAGAGUCAGAUCAAUUACAUCAGCAAGGGGGUUACGCCACCUCCUGCUCCUCCUCUCCCCCCUGUGCCAGCUCCUGUUAAAAUCUUCUCACCUAACCUGCCGAUGACUAUAACAGCAAAUCCCCUGCACAUAAGCCCCGCGUCCAACUCUGUACUUUUGUGGAAGAGAAAACCAAAGGAGGUCCAACCCCACACAUCUUUGUCUCUGUCCAAAACAGUCCAGACAAGCAGUACCUUGAGUGAUUUUGUUAAUGCUUUGGGGUCAUGACAUUGUCAAUCUAAUAGUAGAUUUCCAUGUCUUGUUUUUUACUUUUACUACAAUUGUAAAUGUUUCAAUGUGAUAGAACACAAAAGUGCCCUUGAUAAUUUGGUUAAUAAACAUAAUGUUUACUUUGUACUCGAA